AUGGUGUUGAAAUAUAUCUGCCUUAUUCGUCACGGCUCUAGAGAAAAGUAUGGUGAUGUGAAAGUCACUAAGAUUGGAAGCUUUAAUGAUCCCAGUGACUGGUAUGGGCAUCUACACGGCCCCGAUGAUCAAUUGACAGCAACUGGACGCCAACAAGCACAAGAACUCGCAAAUUAUCUUUCGUCUUCUCAUCCUGAAAUCUCUGCAGUAUAUACUUCUCGACACUAUCGCUGUCUAGAGACAAUAAAGCCAUAUGUUGAGAUAUGCGAGCGUGACGGGAAGGCCAUAAAUUUCCGGCUUGAUAUGGGUCUAUCGGAGUGGCGAAGAGUCGAUAGAAAACAAGCGCGUAUCCCUUCUAUCAGGCAGCUGAAAGAGUAUCACCCUACGCUUGACGCCCAAUGCCAAUCGCUUUGUAACCCGCUAGGCCACGAGAAUCUAGACGAGUUUUAUGCGCGAAAUGCAUACUUCCUUGCGAACCUUAUCCAAUCUCUUGAUAAUGACCCUGACGGCCCAGAGUCGGUUUUGUUAUGCACGAGCGCCUCGAAUAUAGCAUGGAUGGCUAGAAUUCUCAUGGGGAAAUACCCAAAAAACUCGAUGGAACGGGACUUCAGCGUACCAGCAAUUAGCUUCUAUAAAUUCGCACGACGCCAUGUGGUCCCAGUGAAUAUUGAUGCUGGGGAAAAGACCCCUCUCGGAUACCCCCGAGUUGAAUGGCAAAAUGGAACUUCUAUCGGGGGAAGCUGGGAGAUAACUCAUAAUGCAGAGUGUAAUUUCUUGAGCACAGGGAGUAUGAUGCUAUGGACGCCCUCAGACAUCCCAAAGUCUCUACCGCCCUUUGAAGCACUGCAGAUCCCAGAGCCAGGAUUUCCAAACUUCUUCGACAUUCAAGAACUGAAUUCCGCCGCCAUGACUGGACCACGUGUGGAAACAGAGACCACGAUUACAUCCACGGCUGUGGAAAUUCUUGUUUGA